AUGGAAUCUCUAUCCAAUGUCCCCAUCAUCAUCCCAUCCCAUGCAGGCCUUGUCUGUUCAAGGACGUGGGUUGCGGAGCUUUGGAAGUUGUGGGAAGGAGUGAACGUUCUUGCGCCUCUUGACCUCGAGGUGAGAGGCGUAUUCACGGGCAUCCCGCACGGGAACAUACUCGUCAAAGUUCUCUCGCGCCCCGUCCUUCCAGUGCACCACGACCUUGUUUCGUCUGCCGUCAUGUGCCAGCCGAUCCAUGAUUUCGGUGGCGCUCGCGUCCCUCGAAAGGGAAAGGGGGAUCAGCCGUCCCCCGUAUGCAUCGUGAUGCCUGCCUCGGGACCUGUCAGUUCUGUCGACGACGUUGAUGGUCCAGCUCCCCUGCUCGGCCCUGCUCCUCCUUUUCGCACUGCUAGCCGCGGGACCACCACCACGCAUGUCAUUAAUUAA